AUGCCGCUCGGCCAGCCCACCAUCCAGGACGCCUUGGUCGGCACGGUGAUCGCUGUGGUCCUCUCGGCGCCCGCGUCGGCGGCCCUCGGGGCCGUGGCCGCGGCCGUGGCGGCGUCGACCUCCGCAGCGGCGUCGCGAGGCAGCAGCAGCGUUGCCAGGCUGGCCGCCCGCGGCCGCGCAGCCUUUCGGAGCGGGGGCGAGGCGCUCAAGGCGCGCCCAGUGCCCGAGGGCGGCCGCGAGCGGCGACUGCCAGGGCGGCCCUGGCGGCUGAGGGAGGGCGACGGCGAGCCAGAGUGGCCGACGCCGAGGCUGGUCGGGGCUCAGGCCAGCACGAAGAUGAACUUUGCAAGGUCCGCGCAGAGUCCCUGGACCGGCGUUGCCCCCCCGCCCCCCCCCAUCCUGCCGCGCUCCGCGCGCCAGGGGCGGCGCCGGAGGCGCCGCCAGAGGGGGCCCAGCGCACAGAUCCACAGAAUCUGCACGGGGCACGGGAAGUUUAUCUUUGUGCCGCCUUUUCUUUGGGAUCGCGUGACGCGGGAUCAGCGCUGA